AUGGCUCAAGCGAGGGAGUUUCCUUUCCACGUUGUUUCUGCAGAGCCGACGAGUCCAGACCUCCUCAUGGCAGAAGCACCCACCGUUGUCUCAGAUCAGGUCGACUUUUUCGGCAACAUGCCACCGACCAGUAAACAGAUGUCGAGACCUUCGACUUCUCUGGAACCUAUCGUCGCGGACGACAGCUUUCUGCCGACAUUGGAAGUUGACGACAAUAUUCCUGACUGCGCUCCUAUCCGUAUCGCACACAACUCUCUUCAUGGCAAGGACAGACAGCCUAUUCCCUCUCCACCUCGUUCAAGUCGCCAUGGUAAGUUCCUCCGUUCGGAAUAUCGCGAUGAUUUUCAAAUCCCGUUGAUAGUACCAUACCCCAUUACCACCAUCAGGGAUCCGAUCUUGAGGGCUCCCGGCGGCGUGCAACGUGUCUACCGCAAACCUCGCCAGCGAGUCCGCUACACCUGCCACGAGUGCUCCACACCCUUCAGAAGUCAUGGCCGAGAAUGCGACAAAUGCAGACACGAACGCUGUCUCGAUUGCCGCGAUAAACCAUCACACAAGUCGCAGAAAUCACGACCGGACCCAAGGUUGAUUGAAGCCGUCAACAAACGCCUCGCCAACGUCGGGAAGUGA